ACAUGACAUUUAUUUAUUCUAUUACAGGAAACACUUGUAUAAUGGUUCAUUUGGAAGGUUAAUGAAGCUAUAGUUACAUACAGUAGAUAUAACAGUGUCUCAGGUAUCAAGAUGAUUUAUAUUGCAUAGACAAAAAGAAAGAGAGUGUACCAGACUCCCAACUGUUUUGUAAAAAGAUGGCAGCAGAUGCCGUCUGCACAGGAUUGCAAUUAAAGGUAGAGGAUUGGGGAGUGUCAGAUGUAGUCGGCUGGUGUGAAAAUAAACAUCUUCAUAAAUUCAUCAUACUCUUCCAAAAGCAUCAUGUGACAGGAAGUGAUCUCAUCAAUCUAAAACUACCAUUCUUAGAUGAUUAUGAACAUGUUUCUGUUGAGGAGAGAGAAUUGCUUCUAUCCGAGAUUUAUAACUUGUUACAUCCGGAACAAGUUCAUGCCAGCGAAGAAGACCUCACCAAAAUCAAAUCCCCAGUCGAUAAGAAAAAAUAUUACGCAGCAAUAGAACUUGCUCAGACCAAAAGUGCCAGUCUUCCACGGUCAUCAUCGGUGUUUGUACUGCCUUCCCAUCAUUCCUCAGGACGGUCAUCAUCAUCGUCAUCACAACCAUCGCCCGUUUUCAAACCGAGACAUAAAUCAGAAUCUGGUAUAGAACGAAGUAGGAAUACGAAAUUUGAUAUGAAGUUGUCAGAUACCAAGAAAAGAAAAACUCUUCCAAAGAUUUUAUCCAGUCCGGUUAAACCGAUAUAUGACUAUAUAAAGAAAUAUGGACCACAAUGUGUUCAGUGCGUGGAACUCUCUACACAGCAAAGAGAUGAAGUUACCAUGACAGCAGACGGCGAAGGUCAUGUGACCAUACAGGAAGUGCCACCUAGUCUAGCAGAGAAAAUGAAAAAAGGAGAUAGGGUUAUUGAGAUUAAUGGUCAUAUGAUAAGACCUUACUUAAAGAAGGAUGCUAAAAGUCAUUUGCAAGCGAUGUUAAGCUACAGAACACCAGCCACGAUAGUAACACUUACAGAGCACAUCCCUGGAAUGAGUCAUGACAGUCCUGAUGAGAAAUGGCAGAAACUUCAUUCAAUGCUCGUAGAAAUGAGGGACUCCGAAUCUCUCUCGGAGGCUGAAGUUACACCCCUUGAUCAAGAACAAUAUUUGAAACAUACAACAAUUCUACAGGUUGGUAUUACCUAGAAAAGUUAACUUUAA